AUGGCGGAUGUUGUUCUGUCUGUAGCUUCCAAAGUGGCAGACUACCUGGUGGCUCCGGUUGGUCGUCAAUGCGGCUAUGUGAUAUUCUCCGACAGCUAUGUUCACCAACUUAAUGAUGAAGUUGAGAAGCUGGAGGAUGCGAGGGUUGGGGUGCAGCAUUCUAUCAAUGAUGCUCGAAACAACAUGAAGGUGAUCAAACGCGAAGUUGACAGAUGGAAGAAUGAUGCAGAGACCAUUGCCAACAAGGCGCGCGGUGUGCUGGAUUACGAUGGAAGAGCCAAGAAAACUUGCUUCUACGGGUGGAUUCCCAACCCAAAGGAGCGUUAUUGUCUCGGCAGGGACGCGAGAAAGACAGUCCAGGCCAUCCAGGCACUCAUUUCAGAAGGUAAAUUCGAGAGGGUCUACUACGAGAGUACUCCACCGGGGCGUGUCGCUGGCGCUCCUGACGUGCAUUUGGCAUAA